GAUGUCUUUGUCCAGCGGCGUGGUGUUCCUGCUCUUCCUGUGGACCUGGGACGUGUUGGCUGCCUCCAUCCUCGUUGUGACCAACCAAGGAGUGACCGUGGGAAGAGGCCAAACCGUUUACGUCACCGAAAAUGAACUACACUUCAACAUCCCGAGCGACAGAGACUCCUGCAAGGUCGAAGUGGUCUUGAAUGAGCCCACCACCCAACGAGUUGGACUUCUAUCUCCUCAGGCAUUUGACUGUAACUUCCUGCCGGAUGAAGUGCGGUACACACACAAUGGAUCCCCCAUGCUGGAUGUCGAUCACGUGAUGCUCAGAGUGUACAGGUUUUCUGAACGGGAGACAUUGGUGGAAAGUUUUAUUUUAGAAGUAAAUAUUUCAGAGUCAUUGGCCGGCAUUGUUCUUCUUGGAGAGAACUCUUUAGAAGUUCCAGAGUUUUAUGGCAUUUCAUCUAAAUCGGUGGACAAAAACAUUCUGACAUUCAAGCAAAGUUUGGAAAGACCAGGGACAAACUGUGUGGCCAGGACCCUGGGGUCUGAAUUGGGUCUUCCCACCUUUGGACAGAUGGUGAUAGACGAUUCAAAGCGUGACAGCAGACUUGUUGCUGGGUCUCCGCCGCACCCUCGAGUCAGGAACUACAGGCAAGAAAAAUUGCGGUGUUCCGGCAACAAGGCAUGCCACCCGGGACUAAAGGAAAUUAGAUCAUUGAAGGCCAACUGUGCCGAUCUUCUUGAGAUGGGUAUCAAAUAUGAACACUUCAGUCCUCCCUCCCCCGAUGUCGAUUACAUACCACUCCAGAUUGAGUAUCGCAGCCAAGACAAUCGAAAACAAUUGCAGGCUCAGAAUAUUUGGAUUCCUGUAAGAAUCUCAGGGGCAAUCCCCAACACUCCACCCCGUGCGGCCUUCAUGCCCAUGUUUAUCUUGGAAAUCGACCAGUUCAUCUUGACCCCUCUUACGACGGCCACUCUCGAUGCUGAAGAUGAUGAGACUCCAAAGAGCAAACUUGUGUUUAAGAUCAGUAAGCCACCUCCAGAGGGCUACAUCACCCACACAGAUGACCAGACCAAAGCCAUUACCUCCUUCACCUGGCAAGACUUACAUGACCUUAAGAUAGCAUACCAGCCACCCAACACCUCCCAUCCCGAAAGACGCAACUAUGAGGUUGAAUUUCAGGCGAUCGAUAGCUAUUUCCUGAGCAGCCGCCCAAUAAUGGUCCACUUCUCCAUUAGAACUGCAGAGACAAACGCCCCGCGAGUGUCCUGGAAUAUGGGUCUGAACUUGCUGGAGGGACAGUCUCGCCCCAUCGGCUGGGAUCUGUUUCAGGUCGUGGAUAACGAUAACAUUCAAGCUGUUCGUCUGGUAACAGUGGAUGGGCUGCAUCACGGACGUCUCACGCUGAGAGACUCCAAGGCUUUUAUAUUCACCGUCCAGGACAUCAAAGAUGGCAUUGUGCGUUACCAUCACGAUGACAGCGACACCACCAAGGAUUUCGUUGUCUUCCGAAUUUUUGAUGGCAAACACAGCAUCCGACACAAGUUCCCCAUCAACAUUCUCCCUAAGGACGACAGCCCGCCCUUCCUGGUUAACAACGUGGGCUUCGAGCUCCUGGAAGGUGCCUCCAUCCUCAUAGAGAAGGACAUGUUGCUGGCAACAGAUAUGGAUUCCAGUGAUGACCACAUCCGCUACAACAUCACCGGGCUGCCCAAAGCUGGAGAACUGGUGAAGAGAUAUUCCUCCGAGAGUCCCGGUGUUCCCGUACUGACAUUCCUGCAGAGGGAUCUCUUCCGAGGCCUCAUCUAUUACAGACACUUUGGAGGGGAGAUCUUCCAGGACUCCUUCGAGUUUGUGUUGUCGGACAGCCACCAGCCUCCCAACUAUUCAGACAAGCACGUUGUUGUAAUCCUCAUUGCUUCUGUGAAGGAUCAGCUACCCAAAGAAGUAGCUGGAAGUACAAGACAUCUAUCCGUGAGAGAGAACGAGGUGACCAGAAUUGGCAGGAGUCAACUACACUUCACCGAUACCGAGUCACCGCAUAGCCAGCUCUUGUACACCAUCACCAAGCCGUGUUACUCUCUGAUGUCCCCAGGUAUCCAAGAUGCUGGAAGACUUAUCUUUGUAGAUACUGCAAACGCUUUAGAAAAAGAUCCAUUAAUCCCCACCCUGCAUGCUUUCACCCAGGAAGCAGUAACCCACCUGAAAGUGGCAUACAUGCCCCCGAUCCAGGACAUCGGGCCCGAACCCAUGUAUGUUCAGUUCGAGUUCUCAGUCAGCGAUGAACACGGAGGGAAGUUGACCGGACUCCUCUUCAAUAUAACGGUGAUGCCGGUGGAUGACCAGAUCCCCAAGAUUUUUACCAGCCCUGUGAGAACCGAGGAAGGAGCCAGCUGUCUAAUAAGCGGGGAAAAUAUUGUUCUCUCCGAUGUGGACACAAAAGAGGAGAAUCUGAGAAUUAUACUGAAGUCCCGUCCCCUGCAUGGAAACCUGGAACUUCGCGGAGUCAUCUUGCCCGAGGGAAGCUCCUUUAAUCUGCAAGAUCUGCGAGCCUUGAAUGUCAGGUAUCAGCACGACGAUUCAGAAUCACAUGAAGACGCGAUUGUUUUCACCGUGACGGAUGGGAAUAACGCAGCGGAUGGAGUGCUUGGUGUCCAGAUUAUACUGGUGAAUGAUGAACCCCCAGAGUUGCAGCCUGGCUUGAAAUCCAAUAUAGAUUGCCCAGAGGGUGGCCACAUCUACAUAACGGCUGAAAACCUCUAUGCAACGGACCCAGACAGCGAUGACGCAAAGCUCACGUACAUGGUCGCCCGCAUGCCUCUGUAUGGGAUGAUACAGAGACAAGGGGUCAUGGUGGAAAAGUUCACACAGCUUGAUGUUAUUCAGGGGUUAGUUGCAUAUAUCCACACAGGAGGCGAGAUUGGACCCCAUCCCCAGGCAGAUACGGUUACUCUAAUAGUCUCCGAUGGUGAAUCCUCCACAGCCGACACCUGUUGCUUCAACGGCCCUCUUCCCCCUCCGAUCCCUCUUCACGCCAGCCUUCCCGUCUACGACCUGAACAUCACUCUAACGCCCGUCAAUAAUCAGCAACCCAUCAUGCACGUUGGCGAUAUAUUUGUGGUGGAUGAAGGCUCGUCGUCUGUCGUCACCCCAGCCCACCUGAGCUCCUCCGACGUGGACACCCUGGCUGACACUUUAAUAUUCUUCAUGGAGACGCAACCACAAUUCGGAUACCUGAAGAACACGCUGCCCGCGCCUGGCUCAGAAAAGUCCGCCUCUGAGAUAAAAAUAAGUUCCUUCAGCUUGCAGCAAGCCACCUCCGGGUACAUCCACUACGUCCAGUCCCAUCAUCGCGGCAUAGAACCCACAGGGGACUUCUUCAUGAUCUCGGUCAGCGAUUCCCUCCACAAAUCUAUGAGCGUUCCUUUCUACAUCGUCAUCAAACCGACUAACGAUGAACAACCUCAGCUGCACGUCAAGAACCUCACGAUCAUUGAAGGGGGGAGCUGCGAGAUCGGGCCGGCCACAUUGAACGCGGAAGACCUGGACGUCCCGGCGGACGCGCUGCGAUUCACGGUCAUAAUCCCCCCCGCGCACGGCUGGUUAUUAAACGCCGCAGAUGGUAAGAAUAUCACGGCGGACAGAAAUGAGAAUUUCGGAGAGUGGGGGAAAGGCUCGACCAUUGACAGCUUCACCUUGGAUGAACUGAAGCAAGGAACGGCCUUUGUGUACACGCACGACGACACAGACACGACGCAAGAUGGCUUCACCGUCCAGCUGACAGAUGGCAGGCACACAGUCCAGGACACGUUAUACGUGCGCGUCGUGCCCGUCAACGAUGAGAAACCGACUCUGAUCAGAAACGGAGGAUUGGAAGUGGAGGCUGCCGGUAAUAAAGUCAUCUCCAGCGUUGUCCUGGAGGCCGAAGAUCGAGAUUCUCAAAGACGAUCCAUUUAUUACGUCAUCAACAACGGCCCGACCUUCGGAGAGCUGAAGAUGAAGGCGGGGCCUCUGUGGGUGACACUGCACCCCGGAAUGAACUUCACGCAGGAAGACGUUGACAUGAAUCACAUCUGGUAUUUCCACACCACCGUCCUCGGCUGUAGAGGCCGCGACAGCCUCCGAUUCCACCUGACGGACGGGGAACACGGCUCGCCCCCCGAAACCUUCCACCUCUCCAUUCUAAACCUGGAGAAAGGUGACAUCGUCCUCCUCACCAGACCCGUAACUUUAACAGAGGGUGACAGGGUGACCUUGACGACAGCUGUUCUCUUGGCAACAGAUGGCACGGGCAAACCGGAGAGGCUGCUGUAUGCCGUCUCCGUGCCACCUGUCCAUGGUCAGAUUGAGUACAUCAAUUAUCCCGGCUUGCCCAUCUCCAGCUUCAGCCAGUUGGAUGUCGCGGCUCAGAAGGUUUGCUACGUCCAUGACAACAGCCGCGAGGCCGGGAAGGAUUCAUUCAGUUUUACUGUGAGCAACGGGCUGACGGCAAAAGACGGCUCACUGGAGUUUCUCACCAAGCGCACCGACCGGGUGCCGCCAACCCUCCUGAACAAUAAAGGUCUCCAGGUGACCGAAGGCGGAGUGAUGGUCAUCUCCUCCCAUCAGCUACAGUUAACGGACCCGGACAGCCCCCUGGAGAAACUGCGCUACAAAAUUAUGGAGUGCCCUCAGCAUGGGCAGCUGUACCUGGGCGACCGUCUGCUACAGGAGAACCAAUUCACUCAGGUUGAUAUAGACAACCUCUUCCUGUCCUACCGCCACUAUGGCGGACUGGCGAAAGGGGACCGAUUUUCAUUCGUUGCUACAGAUGACGUGAACAAAGGCUUCUUGGUUGAUGGCCAGUUGAGAGAAGAUUCUGCCGCCUUUGUCAUUCAGGUGGAGCAUGUGGAUAAAAUGCCCCCCAAAAUUCUGCACAAGGAGAGACCGUCUACGGUGGAAAACCUGAAAGAUGGGAAAUCUGUUAUCCAGAUCACAUCACGAACCCUGAAGGCCUCGGAUCCCGACAGCCCCGAUGACGACCUUGUCUACGUCAUUCUGAGAUCUCCCCAUUUUGGACACUUGGAAUACACGAAAACAGGAGAUCACAUCGGAAGGACGUUCACACAGAACGAUGUUAAUCAGAGGCUGGUUCGCUAUGUCAUUAACCCCUCGUUAGAUGUGACUUCAGACAGCUUUGAAUUCCAAGUCUCUGACCCAGCCGGAAACAAAAGUCCUCCUGAAAUUCUUGAACUGCACUGGUCGAUCUUACAACUCGCCGAGCCGUAUUAUCGCGUUUGUGAAAACUCGGGGACCCUCGCCGUCAGGCUGCUGAGAGCCGGGAGCAGCACGGAUCCGGCAUUCAUCGGUAUAAAGGUCCAGGAACUCUCCGCCCGACACGGCCUGGAUUUCACACACAGUAGUGCAAGCCUCGUCCAGUUUGACCCAGGAGUUUCCACAAAAACCUGGAACAUUUACUUAAAGAACGACGGUUUGGAGGAAAAUCACGAGCUUCUGAAAAUCAUACUGAGGACCCCCAAGAACGCCGUAGCGGGGAAGAAUCAGGAGGCCACUGUGGAGAUCGUGGAUCCCAGAGACGGUCAGUGCGGGGGCCGCAAUGCGAACGCAAGGGACCGAGGAAAGAUCACUCAGAUUCGGCUGCCAAACACGCGCGCCUCCGUCCAAGUCGCCGCCCCUCGAAUGUAUCAUUCCGCGCCCGACAUGGACGACCGCCCGGGACAGGAGCUGGCCUUUGCUGGAAGCCGCGUCCUCUAUCAUGGGAUGAUGCCAAUGAGUGGAGCUCAGCAGUCCCGCGGAAGAGGACAAGUCUGGCUGGUUGGAGCUCCCCCCAGUCUUUCUACUCCAGAGCACCCCCAACACGACUCCGCCCCUCCAGACUCAAUAAGCCAAUCAAGUAACAGGACGAAGCAGCUAGAGAAGCGGAGAAGAUGUCCUGCUGGGUGGACACAUCACCACAAGCACUGCUAUCAUCUGAUUACCCGGAAGAGGAGCACCUGGGAGGAGGCAGAGGAGGACUGUGCACAAAUGUCAGGCAGUCAUCUAACAAGUGUGCACUCACAAUCGGCCAUGAGGUGGCUCUGGAAUUUUGCCAACAGGAAGCCAUUUUGGAUCGGCCUGAGGUCAGCGGAGAGACCCUCAGCCCGGUCCUGGGCCAACGGACAACAAUGGACGCCCAGUAGCUUCAACCCCUCCCUUCCCUCUUUGUCUGGAGCCUCGGAGAAGAGCUGUGUCCUCGUCCGGAGGCAGGAGGAAUGGACGGAGAGAAGCUGCGGAGAGAGACACAGAUACAUCUGCUCCGUGCCGUUAUAAAGCUGCUGAAUCCGACCGGCGGCGGGAAGCGAACGGCGCCCACGUUUAACCUUACAGAUAGUAAAGCGAGGGAUUACGGGGAUAUUACUCUCCAUCCCUGAGGAGCCGUACCCGGCGCAGUGCACAACGCUUGUAUUUAAAGCCGACGUUUGUAGGAGUUUUAUGUCAAUUUUAUGAGAACUCGUAAAUCGUCCUCCUAGGAAAUGUUUCACUUUUUUUACUUUUUACAAAAAACUUUUCACC